AAAAAUAUCUAAAUGAAAUUGCUAAUACUAGGUUUAUAACUUAAAGUUGACUAAUAAGAAUAAUAUAUUCAAUUGAAAGAGUUAUUGGGUGUUUAAUCUCCAAAAAGUAAAAUGAAUAUUGACGUAGAUGAUGACGAUGCAUGGUCUUACAGUUUUCCCCCAUCCACCGAGUCCUUACCUAUACUGAAAGAUGCCAAUAAUGAAAAGGACCAGCAAACUACAUCUAAACAACCAAACGGACUGGCUGAAAAAGAAAAGAGCAUGCAAGAUAAACCUCUAAGCUCCGAAUCGAAAGUGUCUACGAAAAGUGAUUUUAAAGUUCAAAGUAAUCCGAAAAUUGAUGAUGGCUCAAUUGAUGAAAAAGCUACUUCCAACGGUAGUGAGGCCAAAGACAUUGGCUCAAUUGGUAAUGCUGAUAAUGGCGAUAAUGAAAUUAAUGAUAGUAAUGACAAUAAUGACAAUGCUUCGGGAUCGUCUUCUGACCUGUCCAAUAAUAGAAAUCCCGAUAUCAAAAGACGGAGAGAACAACUCAAAGCAUUUGCACCCGGCUCGUCCACAAAUUCUUCGCUAUCCUCAAUGUCUCUACAGUCCCCAUUUCUUGUAAAAUCAGUACCCGCAAAUCCUUACACAACUCGUGAAGAUGCCAACUCAAUACUAUCUAAAGAAAGCAAACCAAAUUCCUUAGGUGAAAAAGAUAAACAAAAGGAUCAAAUCAUUUCACCUAAAUCUGCAGCAAUGGAGAAUAUGAGAUAUGCUAUGCAACUGCAAGCUUCUGAUGCUACUAUAAAUGGGAAUACUGAUCAAAGACCAUCAAUUGAUACCGAAAGUUUGAAAAGUAAAACAACUCCCGAUUUGAGUAAGGCUGAUGGUGCUUUCCAAAGUCCGGUUUCUCCAAAGAUAAUAAGCUAUAGAAAAUCAAGCAACAACCAUGCCAACACAGAUUCUGUAGCUAGUAUCGAGGAAUUACUCGAUAAAGAGGAAAAAUAUGACGUCAAGCUAUAUACCAAAGAAAAAUUCAAAGAUACAAAUUAUAGGUAUGCUAUUAUGAAAAGGAAUACCGACUUUCAUCAACUCUUCAGAAAUUUGGACCUUACGGAUAGAUUAUUGGAUGAUUUUGCUUGUGCAUUAAGCCGGGAAAUUCUAUUACAAGGAAGAAUCUACAUCAGUGAGCACAAUAUUUGCUUUAACUCCAACUUGCUUGGGUGGGUGACCAACUUAGCUAUACCAAUGGACGAUAUCAUACGAUUUGAAAAGAAAACCACAGCUGGAUUAUUUCCUAAUGGUAUAAUGAUUCAAACUAAAACUGAAAAACAUAGCUUUGCUAGUUUUCUUUCAAGAGAUAUGACAUUUGAUUUCAUGGUGAGCGUAUGGGAAGGCACAACUGGUAAAUCAUUAAAAUCAGUAAAUGAUAUUCUCAGUGCAACAUCUGAUAAUGAAAAUGUGCAAUCUGAUCCUAGCCAUCGAAGAGUUUCUUCGGAAAGUGGAAAAAAAUUUGAUGCCUAUAUGCUAUCUGUGGAUGAUGACGCUGAUCAUAAUAAUCAAGACGGUGACGGUGAAAUCAAUGACAGCGAAGAUGUUAGCUUAGACGACUCUGAUAAUGAUGAUUUAUCGGAUGGUAGCUCUGAUAUGAUUCCAGAUUCCACCUCAACAAGUCCUCAUAAAUCAAUAGCUGACUCUAAGGGGGGAUUAGUAACAGUUGAUACAAAAGUUUUGAAAUUUAAGCCAGACUGUGGCUAUACUAAUAUGGGACCUGAAAUUCAUACACCAACAUCUUUUGAAAAUCAUAAUAGAGAAACUAAUGAAGUUGACUUAUGCAAUGAAAUAAUCAAUGCCCCUGUAGGUAUCGUAUAUGAUAUUCUAUUUGGUAGUAGCAGUACUUCAUUUCAUAAAAAAUUCUUGGAAGAUCACGAUGCUAGUGAAAUAUCUGAUUAUGAUAAAUUCCAUCCAAUGGAAAGUGAUCCAACUAAACUCGAAAGAAAGUAUUUUUAUAAGAGGGCUCUUAAUUACUCAGUUGGUCCUAAAUCAACCAAAUGUGAAGUAAGUGAAAUUAUUGAACACCUUAAUUUCACUGAUUAUAUUUCAAUGAAGUCAGUGGUUGCAACACCCGAUGUUCCUCUGGGUAAUUCCUUCACAGUUGUUACGAGGUAUUGUUUCACUUGGGGACCGGAUAAUACCACGAACCUCAAAAUAUCUUAUUAUAUAAAUUGGACAGGUCGAUCAUGGAUCAAAAGUCUUAUUGAAAAGUCCACAGCUGCAGGCCAAGAGAGUAGUGUUAAAGAUUUGUUAACUACCUUGAAAGUAGAAAUUGAACAAAAUACUUAUAUGGUGGAUGGUCCAACAAUCGUCAAGCCAACUACGCAAGAAGAUGCUUCCCAAGAGCCCAAAAAGGUGGUUAGAUCAAAAUCAGCUAAGAAAUCACUCGCAGGUAAUAAAAUUCACACUUCAAUGUCCCAAUUCUCCUUCCGUGAAUUUGUUAAGAAUAAUAUCGUCUUGGUUUGCUAUUUUAUAUUUUCAUUCCUUGUAAUGAUACUAUUAUUGCAAUUGCAAAUAUUUAGAAUAACAAAUGAAAACACUAACUUAAUCAAAAGCCAAUUACUACUUAGCUCCCAUUUGUUACUUACUCUUGAUGCAAUCAAAAGUAAAAAAAUAGAUUAUGAUGGCAAAGUCCAGGAUUUAACAAAGGAUAACGAGGAACUAUGGGAAUGGGUCAAAACAAAAAGAGGAGGUAAGAACCUCAGUCACUUGGAAAAAGCUGAAUAUCUAGCAUUUCAAUUGAACUCACUAUACAACUUAGAUUCUCCUGAAGAGUCGGGUAGUUUAUCUAAAACCGUCAAGCAAGCGAUUUUUGAUACGAUGAACCUGAUCAAGGGAAGUGACGAUAACGGACCUCUUGACGGAUUAAUCUAAUUAUGAUCAAAACACAGUUUAAGCAUAUAAACACUAAAAGCAAAACAGGUUUGAGGAAUUAUAAAAAAUUUAUUGUUUUGUAUAACUUGAU